UAAUUUUAAUGAUAUGCACUGCGUCGGAGAGGGUGGAUUUGGAAGGAUCUAUAAAGCAGAGUUGCCAGAAGGAAAUACUUUGGCUGUGAAGAAACUCCAUUCGCUAAAUCAUGGUGAGAUGGCAAAACAGAAGGAGUUUCUGGAUGAGAUAAGGGCAUUAACAGAGAUAAGACAUCGAAAUAUCGUGAAGUUCUACGGCUUUUGCUCACACCCAAGGCACUCGUUUUUGGUGUACGAGUACCUGCAAAGGGGCAGCCUGGCCACAAUCUUGAGCAAUGAUGAAGCUGCAAAAGAAUUGAAUUGGGAAAGAAGGUUGAAUGUCCUAAAGGGUGUGGCACAUGCCUUGUCCUACAUGCACCAUGAGUGCUCACCAUCAAUUAUUCACAGAGACAUAUCAAGCAAGAAUAUUCUGCUGGAUUCAGAAUUUGAAGCUCAUGUUUCAGAUUUCGGCACAGCGAAGCUUCUCAACCCAGACUCUUCCAAUCAGUCUACGCUAGCAGGCACAUGUGGAUACAUAGCACCAGAGCUUGUCUACACAAUGAAGGUAACUGAAAAAUGCGAUGUUUAUAGCUUUGGAGUGUUGGCAUUGGAAAUCAUUAACGGAAAGCAUCCAGGGGAUUUGAUAUUUAGAUUUUUAUCUCAUUCUGCAGAAAUUGAGGUAGUGAUGAGCAAUAUGUUGGACCAAAGGCUAUCUCCUCCAACACAUGAAGUUGAAGACAAAUUGUCGUUCACUAUGACUCUGGCAUUUUUAUGCUUACAUAUGAACCCACAAGCCAGGCCGGCUAUGCAGUUUGUAUCCCAAGUCUUUUCAAACUACGCAUGAAAUAUGCCAACUGAAGAGCUAGUGCUACUCAACUUUUAUCUCAUUCCCGCCCUUCAUAGCAAAGUAAUUAUUUUCCUACACUGGAGAAUAAUUAUUGCCUGAUAAUAAUUAAAUAAAUAAGCCAAAUGAUUAAAAUUAAUAAUAAUGACAUUACUCCUA